AGUCUGCACCGCACCGCCAUCCGCACACCGGCCUGCGGGACGCGUCGCACUCUCCGUCCGGGAUGGAGAAAGGCGCCUCUGAACCGGACCCGUCCCACCAGCGGAACGGGGUCGUGGGCGUGCUGUACGGGGAGUUCACCGACACGCUCAACGACAGAGUCCGGUACUCGGUGAGCUUGACGGAGAGCGCCCUGACCAUCCAGAUGAUCUCCUCGUCACCCGGCCGGACUAAGGUGGUUUUUAACUUGACCGACUGUGUCGGCUGCCGGGCGUACAGAGGGCCGGACAGCGCGGACGUCGGAGCUUACUUUACCGCCUAUUUCUACCCGUUCAAGAGGCGCUGGAUGAGCGCCGGAGUGGCCCGGCAGAGAGUGGAGCAGUGCUUUCGGGUCGCGCUGGUCCAGGACCCGCUCGCCAACCUCCAGGAGGCUGAGAGGUGGGCUCGUGCCAUCAGAGAUGCCUCCGCGCGGCAGGCGCCCCGGAGAGACGGUGUGGUGUACAUGGAGGUGCGUCGGCCUUGCAGAGUCAUGAUACUGGUGAACCCUCUCAGUGGUCGCGGCCAGGCUCUCCAGCUCUUUACCGGCCACAUACAAGGCAUGCUCACUGAGGCCGCUGUUCCCUACACACUCGUCAUCACAGAGCACCAGAACCACGCGCGGGAGCUGGUGAAGAAGGCGGACCUGUCACAAUGUGACGCCCUGGUUAUCAUGUCUGGAGAUGGGCUGCUGUUUGAGGUGAUAAAUGGCCUGAUGGAGCGCGAGGACUGGCAAGAGGCCAUCCAGACCCCUCUGGGUAUUCUACCAGGUGGCUCAGGCAAUGCCCUGGCUGCCUCUGUCCACCACUACUCACAGUCGCCUCCAGCGUGGAACGAGGAGCUGCUACUGAGCUGUGGUUUCAUGCUGUGCAAAGGUCUGGUAGGCUCUCUGGACCUGGUGUCGAUCCACCUGGCCUCUCGGCAGCGCCUCUUCUCCUUCCUCUCCCUGGCUUGGGGCUUUGUGGCCGACGUCGACAUCGAGAGCGAGAAGUACCGCCAUGUGGGUGCAAUCCGCUUCCUGAUGGGCACCCUGGUGCGUCUGGCCUCCCUGCGAGUCUAUCAAGGCAGGUUAGCAUAUCUGCCCAUUAAUGAGGAGCCAAAACUUCCAAAAGGGAGCAUCAAGGCUAACCACCCUCCCUCCACACCUCAGCACCCGUCACUCUGCGCCUCCCUUCCCUGUCGGCUCAUCCCCAACACCUCUCCAAACCAGAACUCCCGCCACAAUCACACCAGCACCAAUUCCAACCACAACACCAUCACCAACUCCUCCAACAAUGCGAUCACCACCAAGAGACCUGAGACCCAGAGUGAUGGCAAAAGCAGAGCCCCGGUGGACUCUCUGCUUCCUGGCCUGGACCAGCCAGUCCCAGAGAGCUGGACUGUGGUCAAGGAGGAGGAAUUUGUCUUGGUGCUGGCUAUUUACCAGUCCCACCUGGCUGAGGACCUGUGGACAGUCCCUGGUGCAACGGCAGACGACGGGACAAUUCACUUGUUCUACGUGACAGCAGGAAUCUCCCGUCCCGCCCUCCUGCGCCUUUUCCUCGCCAUGGAGAAGGGCGCCCACUUGGCGUGCGGCUGCCCCCACCUGGUGUACGAGAAGGUGAAGGCCCUGCGGCUGGAGCCCAUCUCUCCACAAGGCAUGAUCACUGUGGAUGGGGAGAUGGUGGAAUACGGGCCUGUUCAGGCUCAAAUCCAGCCAGGACUGGCCAGACUCAUAUAUGGAUGAACUUGGAUUAUCUUAAUCCUUUUCUGGCUGUAGAGCUUUCUAGUCUGGCCUUUUAUACUAUAGAUUUCUUUAUGUGUGCUGUGUUUUCAGAAGUGCCAAAGACAUUUGAUCAGCCUCUGGAAAUUCCUCUAUUUUUCUACAGAAACAACUUGUCCUAUUUUUAUGGACCCCCGCCCGUCCCCUCUUUCUCUCAAUGUUUGAUUCAGGGUCAAAGCCAUGGAUGGUUGUUGUUGCUGCUGGCUGGUCCCAGCUUAGAGAAAAAAGGGAGGGAUUGUGAGUGUGUGUGUGUGUGCAUAAGAUAGAUCUUUAUGUAUGUUUGUGUGCACUCAAGUGUGUAUAUGUGUGAGAUUGUGCAUGAGGAGCUUUGGCACAUAGCGGUGCGGUGCAGUGGCUGAGGAGUGCGUUGUGCACUCUGCUGUCUGACCUCAUAAGCAUGACACACGUGAAAAAGAAGCACAUUUUCUCGUCCUGGGAGGCUCGUGAAGAAAUCAGGCCCCUUGUCCCACUGUACUACACCGGGCCGGCAAUCUCCUUCCUGGGCAACUCAGUUUGACAGCAUCCCCCUCAGCCCGGUACAGAGGAGCUUUCUUACUGAGGAAAUCCACCUGGGACUUGAUGUUAAAACAUUUUUAAUCUUUGCAUAGCUUAUAUAAAAAAAAAAACUCGAGCAAUACCAUCUAACGUAUAAGCAUCCGUACCCAGUGAAUUUAACCCCCUUUUUUCCUUUCUAUGUGUGAAAACUUCCUCCAGCUGAUAAUGCAUGAACUGCUGGCAGAGCAGAGAGGAACUGGGCCUUGCUGAGGUUACACCUCCACUAUAGGCCGAUCCAUUUCCUGUCCUGUCCGUUCUCUUACCCUGCUUCAUCUGCAACCAUCAUCAUCAACUGUAGGAACCGCCUCCACUCACACAUAAAUACACACUUUCUUUUCCCCAUCCCCCCUCCUCCUAUGCACACACAGUCAAACACACACAUUCCCUUGCAUCUCUGCAGCACUUAGUGAGGGGGAGGGGCAUGGUCUGCUACUGUGCAUAUGAUCCCCUCUCCUCUUGCCAUCUUAAGAUUGUACUCUCUCUCUCUCUCUCUCUCUCUCUCUCUCUCCCUCCCUCGGUUAAUGAGCCAUCAGCACCUAAUGUGUCCUUAAUAUUGAGCUUUACAUCUGCAAAAGAGAGUCCUUUUUUUUAAUCAUAUGAAAGCUUUUAAGUGAGUUUCAGCGCUUCUUAGACUGGUUGAAGCUCACUAAAGUGGAGAGAGCAGGGUUUUACACUGGAUCAGUCAGCGGUGCAUAUUGAGAGGCAUGCGAUCAAUGUGAGCUGCAGGGAGUCAAGUGCUCUGCUCCGUUGUGUGGCCUUUUUUCGUUGGUUUGCUGGUGCUGUGGUGAUGAGCAUUAGUGCACCUGAGCAGAGGAGAGUGCAAAUGUUUGCAUUAUCAUCAGUAACCCCCUCCACACUCUCACACACACAUACUUUAUCUCUCUCUCACACACACACGCCAGUUUAUUUCAGGUCACGAUGACCGUACCAGAACUCACAGGUAUGCAGCAGCUGAGUAUCAUCACCUACAGAGCGAGCUGUCUUUCCUGACCUGAAAAACAAAUCUUCAAUUAUAAAAAAAAAAACAGAAUGUCAGUGGCGUAAAGGAGAUUAUACUGUAUGAAUGCUGAUGCAUCUGUUAGAAACAAAACUAUAUCUUGUGCUGAAAGUGAAGACUGGAAUGUUGACAGGCUAAUGGGGUUCACAGAAAUGCUGAUAUAUAAACUUUUCAAGGUUUUGAUGAAUACAUCACUGUCAUGCUGAGUGCAAUACAGUCAAUGCAAUGAGCUGAUAGCUCACAUUGUUUCCCUGCUGCUUAUUCCAGAGCUUGUGAAAGAAAGAAAGUUUUUUUAUUCCAUUGAAGACAGCGUAAAUAUUAAAAUUUCUUCACAUAAAGCAAAGGAAAGGAAGGUCUUUUUAUGGACUGUAUAAAAAAUAUUGGGAUGUGGAGGAGAGCUUAACUUUUUGUUUCACUUUAUGAAAAAGUAUGAAUCUGCCAAGUAUUAUUAAUAUUUUGAGGAUAAGCGAUAUGGCCAAAAAAGGAAAUAUAAUAUAAUUUAUUAUUCAUCUCCUGCUGCUUUUGUUUUUUAAGAAGACCUGAGCCUGAUAUCUGCAGAUAGAUUAUAGGUAGUGUUAGCUAACAAGCAGGUAGAGACGGACUACAGGCGGUGAUCAUUUACUGUCACUUUAAGACUGAAAUUAAAUGAUUUUCAUGAUUUAGACAUUUUACACAACAUGCAAUUUGAUAUAUCGCCCAGCCCCGCAGCUUAUUUAACUGUACUUCUGCUGUGGGUUGGUAUAAAAUGAGACCCUCCCUGCAGAGAUAAUCUUUAGUCAGUCUCUGAAAACCGCCUGUAAAGAUCCACAUCAUUCUGCUUCUCAAAACGGACAGAGGCCUAUUAGCUACUUGAUUGCGUGUAGGAAAAUAAGAUACAACACAAUCCUUUUUUGUCCUGCACAUUUGGCAAAGUAAUAUAUAUUUAAUAUUUUUAAUUUUUACAAUAAAUCUCACCAGUGAAAAAUUUAAUAAAAUAUAUAUCAGGAAUGAGAAACAAUUAGAGAAAAAAAUGCAUGACCGUCCCAUUUUCAGACCACCCCCUUGUAUAGUUUUUGUACAGUCCUUUAAUGAACUGUAAUAUACUUGAAGUUGACCUCUCCCAUCUUCCAUCUUCACUGCAGUGCCGAUCUUUUUCCUAUAACUUGAUUUUACAUUUUUACAUAUUACAUUAACAUUAACUGUGUAUAUGAUGGUCAUAGCUACAACUCAUGUAAAACAUACUGUACCUUUCUACCAUUACUGUACCCUCAGUGAAGCUAUCCAGGUGCUUUGAAUGCAUUAUCAUGUUAUGCAGGCUGCACUCAUGAAAUUGCAGCUGCCCACAUGCACUGCUCAUUACUAAAUGUAUAAAGUACAUCGCAUAAGGGUAGAGAUAAGCUAUGCAAAUGCCUCGUCAUGGCUGCAGAUAUCUGGAGUGAGGGGUCCCUCUGCUGGACCCACUCAUACAGAGGAGUGGUACUCGCUGAGCGACACAGAGAAGAUUUCAUCCUGAUGUUGUACGAUGCAAUCCGUUCAACCUCUUUCCUUCUUCUUGUAUUUACAACAUUAAGCUCAGCUGCAGGAGACGAUGCAUUCUUCAUACAAACCUGCAUUAUUGGAAGCCAACAUCCAGCUUAUUGUAAUUUAUCUUCAGAGAAAUGUACUUGAUACUUGCAUAGAAACACAGCUGCAAAUAGUAAUCAACAUCUCGGUGUAGGGCGUUGUUACACUACUGUUAACUUAUGGUACUAUACUGUUAACUUGUUUAUUCCACUGGCUGCUCUAAUGUAAUAGCAGUUUUUUAAAACACGUGUGUUAAUUCUUGUCAAUACUGUCAUGACAUUUUAUAAAUGAUUUAGGAAAGUUGUGUCACAUAGUAUGAACUAAAAAUGAGACGGACCAGGUCUGGGAAGUCCAAUGAUGUUUCUAUGAUCCUCUAAGAACAUUUGUGUCCUGCUAUUGCAUCCACACUUAUGAAAAAGCCUGAAAUAAUAACGUGAUUUACAGAUAGGUGAUGAAUGUUUUAAUCAUUGUUUUGUUGUUUAAUGUAAAACCGGCUUUUAGUGCAGUAGAUCAGGGGAUCCACGUGGAAUGGUUGAAUGUGUUAUGCUGUUAGUUUGAAAAAAUGAUGUAACCGUUUUAUAAAUUGUGUGCCACGUAUUUGCAGCUUUUCACUUUGAAAUAAGUGCAAAUAGGGAAUAAAAAGUUUCUCCAGAAAGUGCCUUAGCAAUUACCCAAGAUAGCAGAUACAUACUGUAGGUGAUGCACAGAAAAAAACGUAACAAAUUUUUCCUCUACCACAUGAAAUUCUCACAUUAAAGCAUUGUGAAGGACGGUAUGUCGGUACGCGUCAGUGUUACACUCUAGGCUCUGGUCUGUACAGGGUACCAUACAAACACAAAGAGUAUACACUGAUGUUUUAUUGUAGGCAAGAGUCUGUAUGAUCUGUGAAGCUUUCUGGACGAGGGGUUGACUGGGUUUUAACGUCCAUAUAUGGUUGUUAUUGCAUUAAUUGAACUGGCUGUCGACAACCAGGUAUCCAUCAUAUGCUUUUAUUUUCUUGUAAUGCUUUGUUUAUAGACUUCUUUUUUUAAAGACCAAUAAACAUUCAUAUAGAGAACAA